AUGACAGCACAAGAAACAAAGAAAAGAAAGGUAGAACAAAAUGUCUUAACCUGUGAAUAUAUUUUACCUAAAAAGAAUAGAAGAUGCAAAAUGUUACGUAAGAAAGAUGCAAAAUAUUGUUCAGAACACUUGAUUCAUGAUGAAAAUUUUAAUGGAGAAAGAAUAGCUUGUCCCUUUAGUUCCAGUCAUACGGUGUGGAAAAAGGAUUUGAAACAACAUUUGAGAAAAUGUAACGAUAGACCAAAGGAGAAUACCAACUCAUGUUAUGAACUUGAUUUCAAUAAACAGUUAAACAACGCUGAAAACUUUGAAUUGGGUAAUGAGGAGGAAGAGGAAAAUACUGAAUUGAUGGAAAAGUGCAUUCACAUCUUGCAAAAAAUACAAUUUGAACCACUAGAGUUUAGGAUACUUCAUCAUGAGGGAUUGGAAACAAGAUUGCAAGAGAAAACCAAUCAGAAACACCCCAUACAACAAAAUUCCAUAAUUGCCAACAUGGAGCUGAUGGGUUUACUCAAUAACUCAUUUUUUUACUUAGAGUUUGGUGCUGGUAAAGGUGAAUUACUGAGAUACUUGAAUCAAUGUAUAUUACAACAAAGGACUAGCAGUUCAUGUACUUAUGGGUUUGGAUUAAUUGAUCGGGGCAAGAACAGAUUGAAAGCCGACAGCAAGAUCAUUUCUGAUUCCGAAGCAGUACACAUCAAGCCACAAAUAAAAAGGAGCAAGAUAGACAUCAAAGACUUGAAUUUAGAUAAAUUUCUCGUUGACCUAAAGAUUAAUAAAGUUGUCGCGAUUUCGAAACAUUUAUGCGGAGCAGCAACUGAUCUCACGUUGAAACUGAUAUUCAAUUCGACGCUAUUGCUGAAUGAUCAAUUUGGAGGUGCCUUGAUUGCAAUGUGCUGUCGCCAUGUAUGCUCCUUGGACCAAUUACUACCACAAUCUAGGAAGUAUUUGCACGACCACGAUUUCAAAACUGUACAGUCAUUCAAUAUAUUGAAGAAAUUAGUUUCAUGGGCAGUGGACAAGAAGGAUGCACAAGAAAAUAGUAUACUUGGUUUCAAUAGCCAACAAAGAGAAGAAAUUGGGUUAAAAGCUAGAAGAUUAAUCGAUGAAUCCCGAGUUCAUGCUUUAAAAUCUAUUUUGGAUGAUAAAUACAAAGUGGAGAUAUUCUGGUAUGUUCAAAAAGAUGUGACUCUAGAAAACGUCUGCUUAUCAAUUUCUAAAAGAACUAAAUAA